CAUCCGAGAGCAAACUGUCACCCUGUUACUAAGAGGCAAGGAAUGUAGAAAGAGAGCAGAGCAACCGAUGCUGCACCAUUUAGGGGAUCAGAUGCAGGCAGUGAGUGCAGAUUCAGGGGUGCCAGAGCCCAGUCUGGAAGACCUUGGCAUUCCUGCGGGCCUCAGGAGAAGCCCCCAAAACAUUGGGGCUGUUCGGAAAUUUGCCCAAAAUAUGGCAGAUAAUAUAAUCCAGUCAUUUAUAAGGCAAAUGGAGAUGGUGGAACCUGAGGUGCCCAGUUCUAAUCAGGACCCGGAUGCGUUAGCUGAAGAGUUAGCAUCAGCAGUGAUUGAGAUUGCUCUGAGGGAAGCGUGUGGUGGUUGUAAUGUUGAGGGUUUCCAGAGUUCAAGAUCAACUGGGGUAAAGGUGGAUGAGGAGCAGGCUGAAAACCUGGCUUUCUUGGAUGAAUCAGGAAGAGAAAGAGACUUUCCAAGCAUGGACGCAGAGAUGGAUCCAGUUAAAGAGCUCCACACCUCCAAAGACAUCCAGUCCUACCACCCGCCUCUGUCCCAGUCAGGGCUCCCCUUGGUGGGCUCCCUCGACUACCCCGACGCCCCUCCAACCACCCCCCUCCUCCCUGAGCUCGAGAGGAGCAGACACAGUUUCGCCCGGAAGCUGAAAGGAGGCUUGGCGAAGGUUUUCCUGCCCUCACCUCCUCCGCCAACCCCAAAGGACAACGAGGACGAUACAGACUCUGCUAACCUUCGGGUGGACUUAAUGGAGCGUCUGAUGCACUCACUCUCCACAGAUGAUUCAACAAGAAACUACUUUGAAGUAGGGCCUCAUGGUGCAGCCAACAUGGAGGCUUUUGCAGAGGCUCUUUCAUGUAACAUCAUAGACUGGGUCUUGAGUGCCAAAAGCAGAGAGCAGUUAGCAGACGAUAGCAAUCUCCAUCUAUUGGCCCACCAACUGGCUGAAACCAUCAUCACCUCCUCCCUUGAUGAAGCUAAAAUGACUGUCUAGACUUUUAAUUUAAUUAUAGAGAACAAAAACAUUGAUAUCCAUCCAUAUUACCUUCAGACUCACUGUCUGAUGUCUCCAUUACAGUGUGGUUUUCUGCAGUAAUAUUGUUCCAUAAUCUGAAGCUGAUGUUUUUCCUCUGAAUUUAUCUCUCAAUUAAGUUCAGUUAAAACUGAUCCAGAUCAAGUUUCAUCCUGAAAUACAACCCAUUUAUUGCAAAAGAUGGCCACAGAUCCAACAAAAACAUGGCUGAUUUGUGGUUCAAACAAACUGUGGCACUUUUUAUGACGUGUGCAACCUAGAAGCUGUACAUGUUAGAUGCAGGAUGAUAAACCAAAGGGUAGUUGUAUUCCAAGAUGUAUAAAAAGUAUGUUGGAGGGAAAAUUCUCAUGGUAGUGAAUGCAAUUUUGACUGGCAUCCAGUGGUAAUUACCACAAAUGUCCUUUAGGUGGCAGCACAAGAGCAAUGUUUCAAAGUAUAUUCAGCAUGGGGUCAGCAAAGUUAACUCAUUUCAGUACCUGACAAAAUUUAGUUAAUUCAGUUUUCCAUUUAUGAAAAAAAAAAUGUUGCAUUGCUAUAAAUUAUUUUGUUGAUAAACGUUUUUUGUUUUUUUGCUUUUUGCUUCCCUGGCUUUAAGAUACAAGUAAUCCCAGUGCUGCUACACUGAAUGCCAAGAAUAAAGACUUUAUUUUUGGAUAGUAAUCCUAUAAACCCUAUACGGAUUUUAAAGUAUCACUAUCAAGAGGUAAAGUCUCUAAGUCCAACUAUAACAAAAGUAUAUAUCUGAUGAACUUGUAUCCAACCACAAGUAAAUGGUUUAUAAUCGAGUGCAGAGUUGGGAAGUUAAAUGCAAAGUGAUUCAUUCAUUCCAUUGCAUUUGGGAUGAAUUUGUGUUCUGGCUCGACUCUUACUCUUACUUACUGAGGUCAGAUCCGGAAGAAGAGGAGGGAGCCAUGGUGCUUAACCAAACAGUGAUGUGAGCCGGCAAAGAAAUAAAAUCCCUCUUUUCUUUCUUUCUUUUUUUAAAUCAUCGACUACUCAACUGCAGUCAGAGAAUGCCAACUGCACUGAAAGAAAGGUUUUUCUGAACCUUUAAAAAGCAGUUUCGAAUAAAGGGUUUUAUUGUUCUUCUUA